AAAGAAAAAGGUUUUUUUGCUCAUUUCUCGUCUAUGAUUUUUAAAGUAAUCCUAACUGCACAACCUGGUAUUCUGAAAUGAUGCGCUUGUCUUUCACGUUAAUUCGGGAAACGAAGUUUUGGAUGAAGUAGUGCACCAGGUCACAUUAGGAGAAAUAGAACUAACUCUUCGCAUUUAACUUGUCGUCUAUUAACUGGAGUGCCCUCUUAACUGACACUUCCACUCAGUCUGAUGAAAGUAGCUAGUCACCAUGGAUUCAUUCAGCAGUGCUUAUUGAGUGCUGACCCUGUACCAGGAGCUGUUCCGAGAGAGCUGAGGAUACAGCAGUGAAUAGAAGAGACGGUAAGUAGUUCCUGUCUUCCCGGAUCUGACAUUCUAGUGGGGGUUGACACACAGUAAGUAAAACUCGUAGCACGUGGAUGUAGUACAUGUUGCAGGCAAGGGCCAUAGGUGGAUGCAGGAGGGAAGAGGGGAUGCAGUGUUAACCGGGAUGGCUGGGGGAAAGCUCUCAGUGAGCACUCGGCUAACAGGCAGAGGGAUGUUCUUGGCAGAGGGAACAGUAAGUGCAAAUGCCCUGAGACAGGCCAGGGCCUGACACAUGGAGGGAGCAGGGAGGCCAGCGUGGCUGGGACAGCGGGAGCCAAGGGCAGAGCGGCAGGAGAUGAGAUCACGGGACGGGUUGAGGCCAGAUGGUGCAGAGCCUUAGAGACCAUUAUGUAUGUUUUGGCUUUAAUUUGAUGUUUGGGGAGCCAUUGGAGGCUUUGGAGCCAAGGAGUGAUAUCAGAUUUACAUUUUAAGAUUACAGUGGUUGCUGUGUUGAGUAGACAGAAGUUAGCAAGGGUGGAAUCAGGAAGCCAGUUAAGAUACUGGGGCAAUAACCAUCUGAAAGAUGACGCUUGGACCAGGUGGCAGCUGUGGUCACCAUCAUGAGAGGUGGCCAUGUUCUGGGUGGUCCGAAAGGCCAGUGGGAUUUACCAAGAGAUCGGGUGGUGGUGUGAGAGGAUACCCAUGGCGUCUUUGGUCUGGGGAAUUGGAAGGUUAGAGUUGCUGUCGCAGAGAGCUGGAAGAGCGUGAGAGGAGACGGUGAAGGGGAUAUUUGGGUUCGAAACAUCCAUGCUUGUUCGUUCGCCAAGUGAAGUAGAGAUGUGUGUCUGCAUUAAUGGGGGAGUUUGGGACUAGAUAGAAAUUUGGUGGCCAUUGGAUUAUAUACAUGGUAUUAAAUCUCUGAGACUGGAUGAUAUCACCCAAUGAGUGGGCAGAGGGAGACAAGGGGAGAGAAGAAAUCUAGGGCGUUCCCACCCUUACAAGUCUGGGGGUUGAGCAACCAGCAAGUUGCUGCCUGUAAGUACAGGAAAUCUCGGGAAGGGUGGUGUCCUGGGGCCAGUGAGGAAAGUGCUCCCAGAAGGAAAGAGUGGUCAACUGGGCCCAGUACUGCUGGUGGGCUAAUAAGGGGAGACUGAGAAUUGACCAGUGUAUUUAGUGUGUGGAGGACAUUGAACUUGAAAGUUAGUUUUGGUGGGUUGAUGGGUGCAAACGUCUGAGUAGAUCCAAGAGCAAAUGGGAGACGAGGCAUCGAUGUCCCGAGAGAUCACAUUGUGUUAAAGCAUCUUCCUGAAUGAGCACAGCACAGUCUCAGUAUGACUUAAGCAUGGAAUGCAUUUUAUUUGAAUUCUUUAAAAUCUGUAACCAUCUUUUGGAAUAGAUGACUGUUUGGUAAAGUAGAUGUUUGAUGAAUUGGGACAUGUUCCGCCCUCCCUGAACUGGGUAACAGAACACCAUAGAUUAUGCAGUCUCUUACUUUAAUACUAACAGAGCUAUUCAUUCGUUGAAUGACUAUGUACUAGUGGCUUCUAUAGAGAAGAGUUAUUCCACAGAAACUCUCUCUCUACUCCAAGUUUUCUCACAAUUUUUUUUUUUUGGAAAUGAGAGUAAAUGCCUCUCUACCUGGGUUCUGUAUUAUUCCAUAGUUUAACCAUUUAGGUAGAAAAGAUUUGUUAUGGACGGCCCCAAAACCUUGGAAGAAUACCUUGUUGCUUUUGAUUUACCUUCAUAUAUUGUAGGAUUUAUCUGAAAUAUUCUGAAUGCCGUGAAAUUUUGUACAAAUAAUGUCUAUUACAGCCCAGAGGUGGAAGCCAUUUGUUAGCAGGAAAAUUGGUGCAAAUAGAGAUUAACUAACUUUAAAUAUAAGUCAUCAAACAUAUAUAGAGCACCUAUCAUGUGUAAUGUCUCUAUUAGGUGCGGUGAAGUGGACAGGGUCCCUGUCUUUGGCACCUUCCAUUGAGUGGAGAACGCAGACAAGCCCACAGGGUUAGAUGAUUGCCUGCAGCAGUAUGUCUACAAGUUUGAACGGGAGAAGAUAAAUGGAGAGCAGCUGCUGCAGAUUUCCCAUCAGGAUCUUGAGGAGCUGGGUGUCACACGAAUUGGACACCAGGAACUUGUGUUGGAGGCUGUCGACCUUCUCUGUGCACUGAAUUAUGGCCUUGAAACCGACAAUAUGAAAAACUUGGUUCUAAAACUGCGAGCAUCUUCCCACAAUUUACAGAAUUACAUAAGCAGCCGGAGAAAAAGUCCAGCCUAUGAUGGGAACACCUCCCACAAGCCCCCCAAUGAGUUCCUGACUUCUGUGGUGGAGCUCAUAGGCGCUGCCAAGGCCUUAUUAGCUUGGCUGGACCGGGCUCCAUUUACAGGGAUCACUGAUUUCUCAAUAACGAAGAACAAAAUCAUUCAGCUUUGCUUGGACCUGACCACUACAGUCCAGAAGGAUUGCCUUGUAGCAGAAAUGGAGGAUAAAGUUCUGGCUGUAGUCAAGGUUUUAAAUGGCAUCUGUGAUAAAACAAUCCGAUCUACCACGGAUCCUGUUAUGAGCCAGUGUGCAUGUCUGGAAGAAGUUCACUUACCAAACAUUAAACCUGGGGAAGGCUUGGGCAUGUACAUCAAAUCAACCUAUGAUGGAUUGCACGUGAUUACUGGAACCACAGAAAAUUCUCCUGCAGACAGAUCUCAGAAGAUUCACGCCGGUGAUGAAGUGAUUCAAGUCAAUCAGCAAACUGUGGUGGGAUGGCAGCUAAAAAAUCUGGUGAGAAAGCUGAGAGAGAAUCCUACAGGAGUUGUGUUACUGCUUAAGAAGCGGCCCACAAGUUCCUUCAACUUCACUCCCGCCCCCCUGAAAAACCUACGAUGGAAGCCGCCUCUGGUCCAGACCUCGCCUCCGCCCACAACCACUCAGUCCCCGGACAGCACGAUGGAUGCCUCACUGAAGAAGGAGAAGCCAGCCAUCCUGGAUCUUUAUAUCCCUCCUCCACCGACCGUUCCCUACUCCCCCCGGGAAGAGAAUGGGAGUUCCGUUUAUGGAUUCAGUAAAUGUAAACAGCCACAGCCUGGCCCUAAGGGCUCUGAGUCCCCCAAUUCCUUCCUGGACCAGGAAAGCCGGAGACGGAGAUUUACCAUCGCUGAUUCCGAUCAGUUGCCUGGGUAUUCCGUGGAAACCAAUAUUCUGCCCACGAAAAUGAGAGAGAAAACACCAUCCUAUGGCAAGCCCCGGCCUUUGUCCAUGCCUGCGGAUGCGAGCUGGAUGGGGAUUGUGGACCCUUUUGCUAGACCUCGAAGUCAUGGGAGGAAAAGUGAGGACGGCCUUUGCCGGUAUUUCAGUAAUGAGCGGAUCUCUCCGAUCAUCGAAGAAAGGUCAUCCCCCCCAUACCGUUUCUCAAGGCCCACGACCGAGAGGCAGCUGGUCCGAGGUGCAGACUACAUCCGAGGCAGCAGGUGCUACAUCAGUUCAGAUCUCCACAGCAGCGCCACGAUUCCAUUCUCGGAGGAAGGGACCAAAAAGAGAGCCAGCUCCUCGGCGGCCAAGUCCUCUUCUCCAGAGCCGUCCCUGCUGGUCAGCUGGUUUACUCGCCUGAAACUGUUGACUCACUGAGCCCUGCGUUCCCGGGACCCUCCCUGUCUCCUGCUACCAAGUGCCUUGUGUCCUCAAUCAGCAACUUGUUCUGAUUUUCAUCCACAGUAUUAUGCAGCGACCUUAUGCGAUUUCGUGGCUUUUCUUUUUUCUUUUUCUUUUUUUUUAAGUUGUAUACUGCACUUGGAAUUUUGAAAUCAUUGGAUGGGAACAAAUCCAGAGAAUCUUAGAUGCUGGCUUAUGGAGGCCAAAGGAGAGAAAUGGGGAGAGUCUGCUAUUUUUUUGCUUCCUUGAGAGUCAGAACACGGAGACACACUCCGUAAACCAGAGCCUUGGCCAGGAAUGUUAUCGUCAUUAUGAGGAUCUGGGCCAUUGUUCUUUUUAGGGGGGGUGGGACUACAGUUGGUGGCCAGUGUCACACAGAUGUGUUGGUUUUUGGUCCAGCCUCUUCACCUGAAAAAGCCAGUGGAGAAAACAGUUUCGUUUUGAUUUUUCAAGCUACAUACCACAUGUGCAAGUGUAGCAGCUUUGACUUUGAAAUACCACGUGGGAAGCAUGUGAUGCUCUUUCAGAGCAGAGGUUUGAGUGUAGGCCAGUUACACUGAGUUAAUGCCCUUUUCAGCAGUCUCAGCGUAAGUCAGUUAAUACAGAAACACGUGAAAAUGUUUAGAUAGGGCUUACUACACACAAAGAAGUUUAUGGUUAUUUGUGAAGGGUGUUGUAUAUUAUUGUCUUUAAGGGAAAAGAAGCUAUAAGAUUUGCUGACAGCCAAAGUAUCAUUGAGAAAAAUGAAGCAACCAUACUUAGGUUUAUGAGAGAGACAUCAGUUUGCAUUUUGACCUGUUCAAUGACUAUCUUCUAGAAAAGAAUGGACAGUUCUUCAAAAUUGUACACAUUUUGCUAAUUAGAAAUCUCUUGGAAAAUCUCACGGUCACUCAUUUUCAACUAGCAUCAGGUAUUUUGGAAAAGUGUGUCUGGAUAUUAACUCUUGUUUAAACUGAAUGUAUGAUAUUUUGCUAGAAUGGAAAAGUACUAUCUUGUUAAUUUAAGUGUUUUAAAUAUAGUUGUAUAUUUUUCUUACUCUUA